GGCCGGGGCUGGGGCGGGGGGCGCCCAGCUCCCUGGCAGCCGCCCCCUCCCCGCGGCGCCCGCCCUCCUUCCGCCGCGGCCGCGGGCCGGGAUGCUGCCGCCCAGCCGGCAGCUGGCCGCCCGGCCGGGGGCCAUAAAGGGCCGGGGCCAGGGCGGCGGGCGGCACUGCGGCGGCCCGCGGGCGGAUGCGGCAGCGGGGAGCGGCUCCUCCCUCUUGCCGGCUGCCGCGGGCGGCCCCGCAGCCGCAGCAUGGCUCUCCCCGCGGCGCUGGCCGAGAUGCCCCGACAGUUUCCAAAGCUGAACAUCUCUGAGGUUGAUGAACAGGUGCGACUUCUAGCGGAGAAGGUAUUUGCUAAAGUCCUCCGAGAAGAAGACAGCAAAGAUGCCUUGUCGCUAUUCACCGUUCCUGAAGACUGCCCUAUCGGGCAGAAAGAGGCUAAGGAAAGGGAACUGCAGAAGGAAUUGGCAGAACAGCAGUCUGUAGAAACAGCCAAAAGGAAGAAAAGUUUCAAGAUGAUUCGAUCCCAGUCUUUGUCAUUACAAAUUCCAACCCAGGAAUGGAAAGCACCAUCAGUCAAUCCUGUUCUGUCUCCUGCAACACCAGUUCUUCCAAGUGCUUUUCUGCCAGUCCAAGUGCCAUAUGAUGUACCAGAGUUUCAGAGAGUUUCAAUUAGUGGGGACUACUGUGCAGGGGUUACAGUUGAUGAUUAUGAACAAGCUGCCAAGAGCCUGGUGAAAGCUCUUCUCAUUCGAGAAAAGUACUCACGUCUUGCCUACCAUCGCUUCCCAAGAACAACAUCCCAGUAUUUGUGCAGCAUGAGAGAUGAAAAAUGGAAGGUUGAAGAUGAAGUGUAUCCAGAUUUUCAUUCACCCCCAGAAGAAAAUGAAGAUCCUUACAAUCUUGAUGAUGCUCCAGACAAUUUGGAUUAUGUUAUCAAGAUAAAAGGUGGCAUUCCCUUUAUUUAUGAUAACAAGGAAAUGAUGGAACUCAAUGAGCCUCGGAGUCUGCCAUAUCCUGACCUGGAGACCUAUACACUUGACCUGAGCCACGUUCUUGCUCUAAUUGCAGAUGGUCCAACAAAAACAUAUUGCCAUCGGCGACUUAACUUUUUAGAAUCUAAAUUCAGUUUACAUGAGAUGUUAAAUGAAAUGUCUGAAUUUAAAGAACUAAAGAGUAAUCCCCAUCGAGACUUUUAUAAUGUGAGAAAGGUUGAUACGCAUAUCCAUGCUGCCGCCUGCAUGAACCAGAAACAUUUGUUGAGGUUUAUUAAGCACACUUAUCAAACGGAGCCAGACAGGAUUGUUGCAGAGAAAAAAGGCAAGAAGAUGACUUUAAAGCAAGUGUUUGAAAGCCUUCACAUGGACCCUUAUGACCUCACUGUAGACUCUUUAGAUGUUCAUGCAGGUCGUCAAACAUUUCAUCGAUUUGACAAAUUCAAUUCUAAAUACAAUCCAGUUGGUGCCAGUGAGCUGAGAGACUUGUAUUUGAAAACUGAGAACUACAUUGGUGGUGAAUACUUUGCUCGUAUGGUCAAGGAAGUAGCCUGUGAACUAGAAGAAAGUAAAUACCAGUACACAGAACCCCGGUUAUCCAUUUAUGGGCGGUCUCCAGAUGAAUGGCAGAACUUGGCAAAAUGGUUCAUUAAACAUAAAGUUUACUCACCUAACAUGCGCUGGAUAAUUCAGGUUCCCAGAAUCUAUGAUAUAUUUAGGUCAAAAAAUAUUCUGCCUAGUUUUGGGAAGAUGUUGGAGAACAUCUUUGUACCUUUGUUUGAGGCAACAAUCAAUCCCAAACAGCACAAAGAACUGCACCUUUUCCUCAAAUAUGUGACUGGCUUUGACAGUGUUGAUGAUGAAUCCAAACACAGUGGCCAUAUGUUCUCUGACAAGAGCCUUAACCCUGACCUCUGGACCAGUGAGAAGAAUCCCCCAUACAGCUAUUAUUUGUAUUACAUGUAUGUCAACAUCAUGCUGCUAAACAACCUUAGGAGGGAAAGAGGCAUGUGUACUUUUCUGUUUCGACCUCACUGUGGAGAAGCUGGGUCUAUCACACACCUUGUAUCAGCCUUUCUGACAGCCGACAACAUUUCGCAUGGAUUGCUCUUGAAGAAGAGUCCAGUUCUCCAGUAUCUUUAUUAUCUUGCACAAAUACCCAUUGCCAUGUCUCCACUUAGUAACAACAGCCUAUUCCUGGAGUACUCAAAAAAUCCAUUACGGGAAUUUCUACAUAAGGGACUUCACGUCUCUCUCUCUACAGAUGAUCCUAUGCAAUUUCAUUAUACAAAGGAAGCUCUCAUGGAGGAAUAUGCCAUUGCAGCUCAGGUGUGGAAACUAAGUACCUGUGACUUGUGUGAAAUAGCAAGAAACAGCGUACUACAGAGUGGAUUGUCAAAUAAGGAAAAACAGAAAUUCUUAGGGGUGAAUUACUGUAAAGAGGGGCCUGAGGGAAAUGACAUUCGAAAGACAAAUGUUGCACAGAUCCGGAUGGCCUUCAGGUAUGAGACAUUGUGCAAUGAACUUAGUUUCCUGUCUGAUGCUAUGAAAACAGAAGAGAUUUCUGCUCUGUCAAAGUAGUUUCAAACCCAAAGAAACUAGAACCUUUCACUCCUAACCAGGAUCACAUGCUAAUAUAGAAUCAUCUGUCAUUGAGCGCUACCAAGACAUAACUGUUUGAACAAUAUGGAGAGAAACAGAGUGUCUAUGGAAGGUAAAACAACAUUUGCUGUUAUCUUUUACUGCAUUAUUCUCAUUGCAAAAAUUUCUGUUUCUAUAAACAUUAGGCUUUCCAAGACUGCUGUAAACAUUAGAUGCAAAUUCACAAACGUGUAUCAUUUGUUUCAUACUGUUUUAACUGUACACUGUAUUGUAGCUGGGAAAAUUACAGAGAAUAUUCAUAAUGCAUCUGUGAUAUGCUGCUUAGAAUACUGCAGCUGCUGACAGGAUACAUGCACCUGGUUUUGUCCUGCCAAUCUCAGUGGCAAUCAUGGCAUAUAGCAUUUGUAAGUUUAACCCUUUAUUAAUUAGCAGAUUGUAUGGGGUAUAUAAUUUUGAGACUACUUUUUCACUGUAGAAGGUGGUCUGACACAGUUUUUACCUUAAUGUUUUAGCAGUUAUAUUAGAAAACAAGAAAAAAAUAAAAUCUGGUAGUCGCUUUUCGUGACUGAAGAAUUACCUCCUGUUGUCACCUAGUAUUUGGAUGUCUGUGAAGAAUGGCAGAUUAAUGCUUUUUAAUCUAAUAAAUAGAAAACAUGGUGUCAAAAUCAUCGCUAUUGCACACUGUAAUAAUGAGUGCAGUUGCAUCAUGAAAAUGUUGCCUUGAAAGUAGAGAACACUUUUUAAUUGCUUUGUAACUAAUGGGAAUAUGUGGGUAUGCCGGUUCAAAUUAUUUUGAAAAUCAUGGUUGCAUGUAAAGAAAAAAUUUUUACUUGAACAGAGGAAGUGUUCUUAUCAAUCAGUGGUAGAAACUCCAAACCUGGGUUCUGGUGCUACUUCUGACAUCUUUUUACACAUUUAUGUUAGUUUGUAUUUUAGUCAAUUAAAGAGUUCAAUAAGAAGUCAAAUUGUCUAUUUAUGCAGAAGUUAGCCCACCUAAAAUAUGUAAUUUCAGCUCAUUUUAUGUUGUUAAAUGUUUUAUUUAUGAUGGAGUGAGUGGAUUAGUAAAAUAUAGCUGCUAUAAUAUUUAUCAAUCUUCUUUCUGUUUGAUCAUCCUUCUUAAGACGAAGUACUACUAUUCCUUCAGAAAGGUUAAAGGUAGUAACAUGGUAGCAUUUCUCUACUGUAGAAGCUGCAUGUAGUUUUAUACCAAGAAAGACUCAAGGCUAGGGGGAGCAGGCAAUGUUGAAGUCUGGAAGUCCAACAUUACACUACUUAAUUUGAAGGUAUACAGUCCCUGAGGUAGGGUCCUGAGCCUACAAUUACUACAUAGAGAAGUUAGGCAUCUUAGAACAGUAAUUCAUAAUUAAUGCAUAAAAAGCAAAUAAUUAAUGCUAGCCAAUAAAGCCUCCCUUGACCUAAAUGGCUGCCUGUUUUACUGCGUCAGAUGCUUCAGGCCACUUGGGUUUCUUAGGGUGACCUUUCUCCUGGGGGUUGGGCACCUACAUCCUUUCAAGGGCUGAUCAGGUCUCACCUUCCCUUGUAAAUGCAGCCAGAAGUAGCAGUGGUGACACCACCAGUACCAGCUUAUACAUAAAUAAUAGCAUAAAUGUCUAUACUUCAUAUUAGGAGACAUACUCCUCUCCUCCCCUCAGGCUGUGGGAGUUCAAAACAAUACCUACAAGGAGGAUUUCUUAAUGUACCUGCUGUCCUGAAUGGGGUCUGCAGGGAGACUGCACCAAAAUGAAGGGAGGAGGUAUUCCCUACCACCUCUGAUAGCUGUGCAGUCCUAUAAGAAGAGACUUGCCCUAAAGAACCCAAGGAAGCAGCUUGGAUGUGAGGUCACUCUGAGGGUGCAAUGGGGUGGGAGCUGGUCCCCAAGCUGUCCAGGUGGAGAGGCCCCUGGGGCACAGGAGCAGCCUUCAGGCCAUCCAGGCAACUCUACAGUUAGCCAGAGUCAUAGAGCUCACAGGGAGCUGCAGUGCUUACAGGGCUUGAAGAAAAGUUUUUUCAUCCAAAACAUGAUUGUAGACAGAUGUUGGCAGGCUUUACUUUAGCUCUUCAGCGACCUAGCGUAAAGCCUGCAGUGCUCAACUAGGGCCAGAUUUUGUACUCCGUGCGCAUCUAACGACCCUGUUGAAACAGUGCUACUGAUACUGCUCAACUCUGUGUUAAUAAAUUUGUCCAAAGUUCUCAGUCAACCAUACCUGUUGGCCUCACUGACUGUUAGAAAUUUUAGGUGCUCAUACAAUACUUUGUCAGGAUCUUUAAUUUUCUUAGGACAAAGUUUGAAAAAAGUGGUUCCAACAUUUUAGCUGUAUAAAAUGCAGAAGCCUUGUUUUCAGUAGUACAGUGCACUAAGAAAUUGUUAUAAGCAUACUAUUAUUUACCUGAAAGAGUAUGUGUUCAGUCUAAGUAAGCAAAAUACUUGGUUUGAAGAAUUUAACUUUUAAUUAUCUUCAUCCAAUAGAGAGAAUCAUUGCUUUACUCAGGUUCUUUUGCCUAAAGAUUGCUAUUAGCUCUUCUUUUGUCUGUCACUAAGAUACUAUUUAGCUUUUUUAAAAUUAUCCCAAAUUUUUGUAUAUUUAAUACCUUUCAGCUUUCCUUACCUCAAACAUAUAAGGUUCUAACAGUUCUGUAGCUCUUAAACAAAAACCCACAACUGGAUUUGAAGCUUGUUAUUGUCAAAAUCCAGAUUACUAUCCAGUAAUGACCACAAACUGCCAUUACUGCAAGGAAUGUCCCUUGUUUUAGGACCAGUUCUACUUCCAGUGCUUUCUGGGGUGCUGCUUUUAGUGAUAAAUGGAGCUACUAGUGUUAUAUUUUAGGAAACAAACCCACAUCCUUUCAAGCAUCCAUUACUACCUCUCUUGCGGUCAUCUUUUAAUUAGGCAAAGUUUUUUGACUCUCAGGUCCACUUCUGAAACUUACUUUUGUAUUUUUUUAAGUUGUUUUGUUCUAAGCUAUGGCUGCUCAAAAUAACCUUGCAGUCUUAAGAUAUGUAUGUGAUGAAGGACAGACCCAAUGUUGAAAUGUUACUGUCACCUGAAUUACUCUUACACAUUUUACUCAAAUGUGAGAUUGGCACUUGCUACUUUUUCCCCAGAUAGUGCUGAGAUUAAACCUGGUUGCACCAAAACUCAUGUUUUACUCCAACAGUACAGAGGAGACCUAAAAGAACAUCACUGCAGGGGGUGGGUUUUUUUUGAUUUUUGCUUCAGAAUGAGAAAGUAUCCUAUUUUCUCAUCAUUUUAUUGAUGUUCAGAUUGAAGCAUUAUUCAAGACUUCCUUACAUCGGGCAGCUCAGAGCAUUUUACAAUUUCACUUAAAAUCCACCGAUAAAACUUUUGACCAAAACAGGUAUUAAACGUCACAGUAGUCUUUUGAGAUAUACUUAAUUACGGUUGAGAUUUGUAACAUAUCUAUUUGAACCAUUUCUAGUGAUGCCCUUCGUUGUAUGUUACUUUAGCAAACUUAAGGCACUUGCUCUGCCACUGGAUAAUACAGAAUUUUCUUACCCCAGAGCUACCCUAUCUUUUGAGAUCAUUGUUCUUCACCUGUCCAAGCCCUUCUGUUUUUCCUCUACUAUGUAGUAGUUUAAGUAUCUGUAGCCCAGUUUAAUCUGUCUGAAAAAGGGGGGAGGGAAGUCUGUAAAAACUGCUUUUUCUCUCUGCGUCUGGGUUGAGUGGUGUUUUAUCUUUUGCCUCUUGUGGAAACAUUAAGCAUUACACUGAAAAAUAAAUGAUAAAAGAACAUG